UGAGGGGGUAAGGUGGGUGACACCCGACUGGUCCAUCCUCUUCCUCGCUCCUCCUCAUCCUCUUCAUCCUCCAUGCUGUGUUUGGUGACAGGAUUUCAGCGCAGACCUGCUGUGUGCUUCUUCUUCCUUUCUUUUUCUUUUUUUUUUCAUUGGAGGCUGAGUGGAGGAGUUAACAGAGCUCCUGCAGACAUUUUCUCCUCUUCUGGGAUCUCCACUGUAGAUACGGACAGCCCUAUUUGCUGUGAUUUCUCCCGGCGAAAGCCCCCCCUCUCACCUCCCAUCUCCGCUUGACCUGAAGCGGAGAAAAAGGCGCAUUGAUUUUUUAUUUAUUUUUUUAAUUCCCAGUCGUAGCCGGGACUACCUGUUUGCUUCCCCCCCCCACCCCUCUUCUCCCCCCUCUGGGUUGCGCGAGCGUCUGUCUCCCCGACUCGGUAUCCGCUGAACGGCGCCGCUCGCGCUGUACACCUACUGACCUACUUUGUGUUAGUUGGGAGGGAAAAGAGCCAGUUGAGGCGGCUGCGUUUUUUUUUUUUUUUUUUUUUUUUUUUUGUUGUUGUUGAAAGAGAUGAAAGGUGUCGCGGACACAGCGGUGACCCCGCGGGGAGAGCUCCAGUGAAACAGAGCCAGAAAGUCGAAAGGGGGAGAGGCAGCAGGAAUGGCCGCGUCUCGCCACCUGGACCCCGGGCUACCGCUGCCGCUGCCGCCGCUGCUGCUGCUGCUGCUGCUGCCGGCCUGCUGGAGAACCCCGGCGAUGGUCGGUGGAACUGUGCCAGCGGCGCCCGUGAACGUCUCGGUGACCCAGCUGAGGGCGCACUCAGCCAUGGUGACCUGGAACGUUCCUCAGGGUGACACGGUCAUCGGCUACUCCAUCUCUCAGCAGAGGCAGGACGGCCUGAUGCAGCGCUCCAUCCGAGAGGUGAACACGUCCAGCCGCUGGUGUGUCCUCUGGGACCUGGACGAAGACACACACUACAGCGUCCAGGUGCAGUCCGUCGGCCUCCAUGGAGACAGCCAACCCAGCCGGCCCGUCCACUUCAGGACCCUGGAGAGAACCGACCACUAUCCGGCCGGAGUCCUGGACCACCACGAACCAGCAAUGGAGGGUCUGGGGAUGACCCCUCACCUGCAGACCGGCGAGCUGCUCAUCAUCACCACCGUGCUGCUGCUGUGGGCCGCCGUCAUCGCGCUCUUCUGCCGGCAGUAUGACAUCAUCAAGGACAACGACUCCAACGGCGCCAAGGAGAAGGCCAAGAGGCCGCUGGUGCAGGCCAGCUCCUCCUACUACAACACCUCGGCGGGAAGCUCGCCCAUCUACCACAACGGAGCAGUCCACAGCAGCAGGCUGCACCGAGCCUCGUCUUCCAUCAGCAUCAUCAGAGUCUGACGUCAAGAGACUUUUCUUCUCAGGAGGAGCUUCGGCCGGACCAGCGCGGCCGCUGCGAGGGAUUUCUGGAACCCGCCGCUGCAGCCGCGACUCCAAAACCGGGGGUCUGAGAGCGGGUCGGUGCUGCCCUCCGGUGGCAGACUGUGACUCUUUUUCUCUUCCCUGUGAUGUCAGAGAGCAGUGAAUGUUUUCCAGAUUCCUCCGGUUCACCAGGACUGACGCUGCCAAGGAUGGUCUUUAUCGAACAACUGAGUUCCUGUUUCAUCAUCAGCGAUUAAACGUUCAGCUUUCGUCACGGUUUGAAUAUGUGCAUACGUCAAACAAAGGUGUCAGUGAUUAACUUUAAGUGUAAUCUUUGCAGUGCUGGUGAAUUUACACUGUAAAUAUUUCAGGACUUAAUCAUUAAACUAAGUUCAGAUUUUUUUGCGUUAGGUAACUUUUCUUUCCCGCUUGAGUUUUUCUGCGUUUAUUUGACUAAAAGUGUUUACUGUACAAAGUCUCAAUGAGAAAAUAGAUACUAAAUAUGUCAUUUUUAUGAGGUGAAAUGACAAAUCACUCUUUUUGACGUCCAAACUGUACCAGGAUUUAUUCUAUAAAAUGAACAAACUGAAUUAGUACAUGUUGGAUUUUCAUGUGCUGUAAACCGGAACCGUUGAAACGACCAAAAAUAAACAAUUGAAAUAUAUCACUUUGGGUGAAAUAGAUGCUCAUAAUGUGCAAGUUCCAGAUAUUUUUAGAUGACUUAAUAGUACAAAAAAAUAUUUAUAUGUGAAUAGCUUUCUCCACUCAUUCUGUGUUUAUGAAUAUACAAUUAGUUACUGUAGAUGGGGAAAACUUCCACCAAGAAUAAUCUCAGAAAUUUUGUAGAAAAAAACUCAGAUAUUUCAUCUUCCAUAAUUUAACGUUUUUGACUUUUGAAACUCAAUGUUUUGUUUUUGUUUUUUUUCUAGAAAUUUUGAAACAUCUCAAAUUUUCUGAAUUUCUCCGAGCAAAUGUUUGGCUUUCCAAGCCCGGAAAUGUUCUUGUUAGUUUUUUUAAAUAGAAAAUUGCUGAAUUUUGGGGGGUGAAAUUGUUUUUUUGUAUCUACCAUGAUUCUAAUGCAUCGUUGUAUAAAAAAAAAAACCUGAACAUAUUCUGACUUGUGAAUCUGUAGGUGUUGCUUUUCGCCAGCAGAGGGCGACAUAGCGCCAAAUACCGGGUUCAUUCAACACCAUGUUUUUUGGACUGAAUCUGUGGGGAAAGCUUUAAAAAUGUCACAAUUUU